GGAGAAUUAUUUCCUUUACUUUACGUAAAAAAAAAAAAUAAUAAAAUUACGAAAAAUUUAAGUUAUUUUCUACAAUUAGAUUAUUACAACAAUAGAUGUCCCGCAAUAUCAAUGAUUUUUAUACUAUAUUACUGUGCGAUGACAUCUUUGUAAUUAUGGUGGCACAGAGGUCUUUUUCUUUAGGUUAUGUUCAAAGAAUGAGACAUUUUAAAAGAAUAUUUGCAAUAGAAAUUAUGACAAUGUGAAUCGAGAUUAAAAUGUGAUUAUAUUGAAUGAUUUAGAUAAUGAGGCUGUAUGUUUUGUAUGAUCCACCAAAUGAUUUCAAAAUAUUAAUGAGAGAAUAAUGACAGCAGGAAAAUAAAUAGUACUAUGUUACACUAUCAAUAAAGAUUUUUGAUUAUUUUCCUUUGCCUUUAAGAUAUAUUAUCUAUUUCGACAAUGAACUCGAAAGACGAUACGCAAAAAGUUCAACGUGUACUUUUUGACGAAGCUCUGACGAAGGGAAUCCAACGAAAUGAGGAGCAAUGCAAAAUAUGGACAGAUUACAAAAAGGGUCAUCAAAAAGUUGCAGAGACGCUACAGAUUUUUCAAAAAGAUUUGUAUGUGAAUUGUAUGGUGCCAAUUGGGAAACGUGCACUAAUGAAAGGCAAACUAAUUCAUACAAAUGAAAUACUUGCGUGUCUGGGUGAUGGAUACUUUGCAAAGUAUAGUGCAUCAGGUGCAACAGCUCUUUGUGAAAGAAGAAUACAAAGAGCUGAUGAAAUGUUAAAAAAAUUAAGUGCAGAAAGGGAUUUGUAUGAAACUAAAAUGAUGAUGAUAGAAAACAAUGUUUUUGAGGACUUUGUUGGGAAAGAAAUUGUGGAACAUUGGAAUGAAGAUCAAAUUGCAGAGUGGAAAAAAAAACACAGAGAAAGAGAAAGAGAAUAUCAUCAGAAAUUAGCUAAAGUUAGGCAGGAAGAAAAGAAAAAAAUAAAGACCGAAGAAGAUUUAUUUAACAGGCUUGAUCAGCUUGAAAUUGAAGAAGAAUUAGCAGAUGAAUUUAAUAGAGCCGGAAGAUCUUUUGAAGAAAGAAAAGGAAAAUUUAAUAAAAGAAAAAGAGGAAAGUAGCAAAAAGGUGGUAGAUUCGGAAGAAGAUAUCCUUCGGAUAGAAUUCAAUCAUUCCGAAAAUAAACUAGUUACAAAAUCAGAUGGAAAUUCGAUAGAAACGCCUGCAGAUAUUUACAGAUUAUUUUCAAAACCUAAAUCUAUCUUGAAAAGAUCACCAAACGAUUUGAAUCCAGAACAAGCACCAAUAGAAUAUAGUACAGAAGAAGAAGAAGAUGAUGAUGAUAACGAGGACGCUGUUAAACCUUCAGUUUAUGAAACUGUAGUGAAAGAUAUCAAAGAGAAGAACACAAUAGAAGUUACAAAGAAAAUUUUGGAAAAGAAAGAAGAGAAUAAAGAUAUUAGGCCUAUUAGUAAAUUUAAAAGAGAUCGUCAAUUAAGACUACUAUGCUCGAAACUAGCUGGUCGUUACAGUGCAAUGAUGUACAUUACACUGACACUUGGUGGACCAAUCAGUAAUUAUAUCUUCAAAGCUAUUUUUGAUAAUCAAUUUAUCAUUCAUCAUAUAUUUCAAUCUAAUGCUCGACGUAAGAAUGUGUUAACUCUCGCUCUAAUGAUGAGCAUAGGAAUCGUGCAGUGUGAGCCACCAUUGAAUACUCAAUACGGUGUCCCAGGGAAUUAUGCUGGGAGUAAUAACAACCAUGGAGCAUCGGCUGGAAAUGGUUUUGGUAAUCAUCAUUACGACCAUGGGAACGAUAACGAUUACGUUGAUCAGCCAAUGUCCUACGAGUUUGGGUAUGCUGUGAAGGAUCAAGCAACCGGAAAUGACUUUGGCAGACGCGAGAGCAGCGAUGGGGAAACUGUAAGAGGAGAAUACAGAGUUCAAUUACCGGAUGGGAGGACACAAAUAGUGACUUACACUGCUGAUUGGAGAACAGGUUUUCAUGCAGAUGUGAGAUACGAGGGUACACCGAUCUAUCCUGAUCAGUACAACACUCAGAAUAAUGGUUAUAAUAAUAAUAAUAACCAGGGCGGUGGUCAAGGUUUUGGUUUCCACGGUAACAAUGGCGGUGGAGGAUAUAAUGCAGGAAAUUUAGGAAAUAAUGGAGGAUACAAUUACCAAGCACCCAGUGGAGGCUUCAACAGUGGUAAUAAUUACCCAUACCAAUUUGGUUCCAACUCGUUGGACAACAGUUACAAUAAUUUUGGAACUCGCAAUAAUUACAACACGCGAAUUCCAUCGACGACGUACGGGCCAUCCUUCAAGAAAUGUCCUGAUAAAUAUUCUGGUUGUGAAUGCUUCAUGAUUGUUAAAGUACGCAGAAUGAAAAUGCUAAAAAUGAAAUAUAGAUAAUAAUAAUCAUUCUAUAAUAAUAAUACUAAAAGUGUUAAAGUAAUGAAAGUAAUGAAAAUAUUGGAAACAUUGAAACAAGAAAAAUAAAAUAAAAGUGCUAGAGAAUAUUUAAAAAAUGAAUAUUCCUACCAUGAGAAAAGUGUAACAUAAAUGAAUAUAAAUCAGCUCAGGAAUAGAUGCAAUCGAUACAGGAAAUCUAAAUACCGCUAUCCAUCAAAAAGCUUCAUUGGUUAUAUAAAUAAUAUUAUUUUAUCGCAACCAAAUGUAUAAUUACUGAUUUUCUCAUAGCCGCGCUGGUGAAAUCGUUCGUUAAUAGCAUCUUCGUUGAUGCAUCGAACAACAAGGAUGAAACCAGUCUGAAAAAUAUUUCAUUGCUCGCAGAGAGGAAAAUAAUCUGGAUUCGUUGUGAAAAGUAGA